AUGACUAUUGUCGCAGUCGCUGGCGGCUCCGGCGAUCUGGGCCGUCUCAUUACAGACGCCUUGUCGAAGACCGGCAAGCACGAGAUUUACAUCACAUCAAGAAAGACCGACUACUCGUCUGAGGAUGCGCUAGUCGAGCAGCUCACCAAGAGGAACGUCCGGGUCGUCAUCUGCACCUUCAUCAUGGACUGUGAUUCCGCGUCCGACGCCCAGCUCUGCCUGAUCCGAGCCGCCGAUCGAUGCCCCUGCGUCGAGCGCUUUAUCCCCUCGGAAUUCAACGUCGAGUACGACGUCGACGACGGCAUCCUCCCCUACCCGGAGAAGCGAUUCCAUGUGGCGGCUCGACGCGCGCUGGAGAAGACGACCUCGCUCGAGUACGCAUACAUCUACCCGGGCAUGUUCAUGGACUACUUCGGCCUGCCGCGCGUCCCAAGCAGCCUGCGCCCGCUGUGCUUCUUUGUCGAUCCGGAAAACGGGCUGGCCGUGCUUCCCGGUGACGGAGAGGCGAGGAUGAGCAUGACGUUUACGACAGAUGCGGCGCGAUAUAUAGCGCUGGCGCUCGAGCUGGACAAGUGGCCGCGUGUCAUGACCACGGCGUCGAGCACCGUCUCGUUGAACGAGCUCGUCGCCCUCUUUGAGAAGAGUCUCGGUCGUAAACUCCAGGUGCGGUACCAGCCAGUGGAGAAACUGCUUAGGCACGAGGCGUUCGACCUCCCCACGAACGUGGACAUCGCGGGUCGCUUCCCUGACCGGUUUCCGGGGGGGUUGGAACAGCUGCGGGGGCUUAUCGCUGAUCUCGAAGCCGGCGUGGCGGUUGGGGCAUUUGACUUUGGCAACCUGAGGGGGGAUCUUAACCUGGUUGAAGCGUUUCAGGAAACGUCCCCCGCGCCAAAGCUGAUCGAAGACUUGGUAGAGGAGGCCUGGAAGGAUUCGAGGGAGAAGCCGUACGGCUUCCAAGAGGUGCUCUACAACGCCAUCUCGGUACCGCCCGGAUCCCCGGCCCUCUUUCUGGUAGGCUCGUCUGUCACCUUCAGCCACACAGCCUCCUCUCCCCACGGCGAACUCUCCUCCCACGCCCUAGCCCCUCUGCUCCGCAACGCCUGGCUACAGGUGCGCAAGCAAUACCCAGCGCUGGCGACCCAGAACCCUCGGGAUGGCAAGAGAUACACGUCCCCGUCAUCCCCAGAGGACCUCGAAGCCUGGCUCGCCACCACGUUCAUCGUGAUCCCCGGCAAAAAGACAUGGCGUGACCUAUGGAAGACCCUGGUCAAGACGGCGCACAUGACCCUGUACUACCUGCCGGAGGCACGACAACUCUUCCUCCAAGGCGAGCACCACACCCUCGACGGCCGGGGGUUGAUGAACUUCUGGGACCGCUUCUUCCGCGCGCUCGCCUCGCCCGUCAGCACGCACGAGCUGCUGCAGCGGACGGACGGGUCCGAGGUAGCCCGGCUCCCGCCACGCUCCGACGACCUCCUCGGCACGACCGAGCGCCGGCCCGGCCGCGGCGAGCAGCGCGCCCUCGAGAUCCUCGCCCCGCUCGCCGCCAUGACCGAGCCCAUCUCGAUGCCGGUCCGCACCCCGCUCCCGGCCCCCUCCCCGCACAACUCGGCCCUCACCCUGCAAGCCCCCGGCCGCACCACCGCCGCGAUCCGCGCCGCGUGCAAGGCCCAACGCCUCAGCGUCACCGCCGCCUGGCACGCCGCCGCGGUGCUCGCGACGCAGGCGAUCCAGGCGAAACGCUCCACCGUCCGGGGCACGCAGUUCGCGUGCUUCGGCAACUUCGACCUGCGCCGCUACUUCCCCGCCUCACAGUCACAGUCACAGUCACAGUCGGGCCGCGAGGACUCGGACGACGACGCGCCGACCGCGCUGAGCAACCACCACGGGGUGCUGCCCUACGUGGUCGACGCGUCGCCCGGCCGGGCGUUCGGCCAGAUGGUGCGCGAGCUGGGCGCCUUCUACGCGCAGGACCUGCCGCGGGCGGACCCGGAGGUGUGGAGCGCGCUGGGGCCGAUGAUACGGCUGAUGGUGCCCGACUUCGCGGUCGCGGGGCCGCAGACAAGGGAGACGACGCCCGCGCUGUCGAGCCUCGGGGUCGUGGACCAGUUCGUCAAGGAGAGGUAUGGCGAGUGGGGGGUCGAGGAGGUGUGGUUUGGGGAUACGGUUACCGGCCCGUGGCUGGAGCAUUUCAUGUGGGCGUGGCGCGGGCGGUUGGUGCUGAAUUCGUGCUAUAAUCCGGCGUUUUACUCGCCUGAGGAGGUGGGGGAGUUUAACGCGACAGUGCUGGAGGUGUUGUUGGACGGGUUGGGCGUGGCGGAGCGCGGUAACUUGUAA